AUGUUUGUCGAACUCUACAGUUCGAUUCUAUCCAAAAAAAAAACCCUACAGUUCAAGUUGCAGAAAAGGACGCCGCGCCGAGAAGAGGGAGGGAGAAAAGGAGAGGCUGACGGUGGCAAUUACCAGUAUGGCCACCCUGCGUUCCUCCGUCUUCUCUUUUCCUCGCCCUCCUCCUUUUCUCCCAUCCCAAACGCCCAAAUCCAUUUCCUUUCCUUCGCCUCUCUUAUUUCAUCCCCUCCCCUCCUUCUCCUCCAUAAACCCUAGAAAGCUACAAACCACUGUCUUCUCUUCGUCGUUUAAUAAUUCGGAAAAUUCCUCUGCCUUCGGUGAUGCCUUCAGCUCCAAUCCUACUUCGUCAAAGAAAUCUGCCCUUGCCAAUCUGGUACAGGAAAUAGAGCCUUUGGAUGUGAGCCUUAUCCAAAAAGAUGUUCCACCCAUGACAUUGGAUGCCAUGAAGAGGACCAUCUCAGGCAUGUUGGGUUUGCUUCCAUCUGAUCGGUUUCAAGUCUGUAUUGAGGCUUUGUGGGAACCUCUUUCCAAGUUAUUGGUUUCUUCUAUGAUGACUGGCUAUACAUUGAGGAAUGCAGAGUACAGACUUUGCCUUGAAAGAAAUCUCGGUAUUCGGGAAUUAGAUUUUGGAAAUCAAAGUUUGGAAAACUCCAAUUUUGAUUUGCAAGAGAUACUGUUAGAAAGUACAAAAAUAAAUGAAUCACCUGAAGAAAAUAAAUUGACAUCUGAAUAUGAGAAUAUCACUGAGGAUCCAUCUGAAGAUAUUAAUGUUCAAGGUCUGGGUGAGAUGUCCCCUGAAGCUCAAAGAUAUAUUCUUCAUUUGCAAUCCCGUUUGUCUUUGGUGAAAAAGGAACUUCAUGAAGUCAAGAGGAAAAAUGCUGCUCUUCAAAUGCAACAGUUUGUUGGAGAAGAAAAGAAUGAUUUACUGGACUACUUAAGAUCUCUGCAACCAGAGAAGGUUUUCGUUAAUUCUUAAAUAACUUUAGAACUUGAUCUUGCAACAAAAGUUCUUGAUAAUUUUUUUCUAAAUGUUGAUUGGAUGAAUUUUCAUCUGCUUUAUGAAAUGCAAUCAGAGCUGGUGUUUCUGGUCUCCCCUCCCAAGAAACUUGGUGGAACUUU